UCAGACCAGGCGCUCGAUAUUUGCAAAUUACAACUUCCAUGUAGAAUAAUAUGCCUUGCCUGCACCCCACGGCCCACAACCACCUCAUUUCUCAUUGCACAGCACCAAGUACCAAUUUAUCGAAACCAUACAAUAGCCAGAAAAAAUCCUGGAUGUCAGUCAAAUGCAACUAGCAUCUGCCAACCUGUGAGGCCAGCCCAAAAAGAGAUGUCCAAUUAUGUCAUUUUAAAGGUUUAGUCCUGGUAAAAAUAACUGGAACAUUGGAGCAUAACCACAUUCUGCCAAGGAAAAAGGAUAAGACACUUUUGUUGUACAUGACUUCAACCACAGGGUUUGGGAGCUCAAUCAUGGAGGGGAAAAUGCUGGAGAUGUUUGAAGUUGGGCCCUGUGAAGAUGACUACCAGCUGGGCUUUCUCAUAGGUCAAAGGUUCUGUAAUCAGAUAAGAAGCAGGUUGGCUGGAGACCUCAUUCUUCAAAACCAGCUCCUUCCUUUUGCUCGAACACCACAGGCACAACCACUGAUCAAAGCACUCUCAGAAACCAACCAGAAGAAGUUCCCAAGAUAUUGGGCUGAACUUUUAGGGACUGCAGAAGGAAGCGGCGUGCCCGUUCUUGAUAUAAUACUUAUCAACUUCAGAAAGGAGAUACUUCCAUUCAUUUCAAAUACAAAUAUGAGUUCAAAUGCUGAUACCACAGAUGACUGUUCUGAUGUUCUCAUUGUUAGUGAUUUGAUGGCCCUAGCAGCUCAUAACGAGGAUGCAAAUGUCGCUCUAGUAGGCCACACCUAUUUGAUCAAGGGAAAACUGUCAAAUGGGUUAUCCUUCAUAGCUUACACGUAUGCAGGAGAGCUUCCAAGCUGUGCUUUUGGAUUUAACAAUCAUGGACUGGCAUUCACACUGAAUUCAGUGCCCCCAAUUGAAGGUGAGAUUGUACCUGCGGGCAUUGGAAGGAACUUUGUCUCCAGAGACCUUCUUGAAGCAACUACCAUUGCAGAUGCAUUAGCUAGAAUACACUCAUCAGAAGUUUCUGUGGGACACAGUUACAAUUUAAUUGAUACACGAACACGUAUGAUCUUGAAUGUUGAAACUGCAUCAAGAUCCCGAGUUUCAGUUCAUGAGGUUGGAGCAGCGCCAUUUUUCCACGCAAACAUGUAUCUCCAUCUUCAGGUUCAGCAGGUAAAUAAUAAAUCACAUAAGAAAAGGAAUCUUCAUCAGGGCAAAAGCACCACACCAUCACCAUAGUUGUAAGCCAAGUA